GUCUGAUUUAGAGAUUUGCUUUAAUUCUGCUAGUCCAUUAAGUAAUUUUGAAGGGGAAGACAGAAGUGAAGAAUUUAGUGACAAUUCUGAGAAGUUUGUGCCUAUUGGAACCUUAGCUAGGAUUAAUUUGGAUAUUUCAGCGGAAGCCAACUUGGAGCCAAUUAUCAAUUCUCUUAAAGAAAUCCAAUUGCGGGGUCUCGAAAGAAUAAAAAUAACUAAUCUCGAAAAGAGGGAAGAAGUAUGA